AUGUUCACAGUGGCUGCCUGGUACAUCUGGUGGGAACGAAGGCAAGCAGUUAAGGGAGAAAAUAUUCAAUCUCCACAAAGAACAGCAAUGUCUAUCACGGUUCUGGGAUCUAACUUCUCAGCUGCAGCUAAAUCAAAAGGUGAGAGUGGUAUUAGAAGACACGGCUGGGAAAGACCAUCCAAAGGUUUAAUCAAAUUAAAUGUGGAUGCGUCAUUUGAUGAGAACACAAAGACAGGUGCUACUGGUGCGAUACUUCGAGAUUCCAAGGGCUUCUUCUUAGCAGCAAGCAAUCGUUUUAUUGCUUAUGCGGAUGGUGUGGACUCGGUGGAGGUGAUAGCUUUGAAGCAGGGCUUGGAAUUGGCGCAAUACUGGGGCUGCAAUAAGAUCAUUGUCAACUCUGACAGUCUGACAAUUGUGGAAGCCAUGAAGAGUGAAGAUCAGUUCCUAGGUCCAUCAGCUGCAACUUUAAACGAUUGUGUGAAUUUAGUGAAGGACUUUGUAAUGGUAACCUUUCAACACUGUCCCCGGGAGGCAAACGGGGCUGCUGAUGAAUUAGCUAGGCAUGCUGUUUGCUCCACUCCGGGGCUUUGGCAAGAUGAACCACCUGAUUUUCUUAUGCCUCAGCUUGUAAAAGACCUCACUAUUAUUGAGUAA